AUGGAGCUUCGUGGGCGCGCCGAGCGGCUGAUCAGGCCACAGACACUUACCGCUAUUCCACCCGUGACGGCCAGCGUUGGUAAUUUAGCAAACAUGGAGCGCCUGCACGCCAGUCGCCGCUGGUUGCGUGGAGUAAUGUGUUUUUUAGCAGUUUUCUGCUACGGCCUUGCCCUCUUCGACAAGGGCCGAGUUAUCACGCACUUCAUUAUGCUUGUUUUUUCACUCGCGGCGGAGGUAGCCAUUGCUUCCAUCUACCGCGGGAAGGCGAAGUUUCACGGUCUGACAAAUCGGGCGCAUGGGAAGAAAGGUGUGGUCAGUGUGUUUCACUCGCCUUCGCUUUGUUUGAUGCUCUUGGAGAUGCUCGUGUGGGUCCUUCAGUGCCCGCCUCUUCCGGACGACGUGAGCACUGAGUGGCUUGUAGGACUGGAUGGUUUUCUGCCCCUUCGCUUCUACGUGUUUCUGUUGUAUGGAACGAACGUCGCCCACAACUCUGCAUUUGCCCACGCCAUUGCGAGUCUUGCUCGCAUUCGGCUAAAUCAUCGUUUCUUCGUUCGCACUGCCUCUCUGCUGGAGCAUCUCCGCGUGACGCUCUCCGUCGUCGCCGUUGGGGUCUGCGUUUUCGCCUACGCCUACGCGAAGGCGGAGACGGUGAGCUUCGGGGAGGCACUCUACUUCUGCGUCAGCACCGCCUCGCUGGCAGGGUACAGCGAGUCGUCGCCGGUGACGCUGCCCGGCCGCGUUCUCGCGGUGUGCGUUACCCUGCUGGGCGUCACCAUCCUCUGCUGGGCAGUGGGUGUCAUGAACCAGGCCCUCGCGCUGACCCAGGCGGAGCGCAACCUACACGCCCUCUUCCGCAGCAACGAACUCUGCGGCCAGGUCCCGGCGCAGGCGGCGCGUCUCAUCCAGCGCGCCUGGAACCUCUACAGGGCGCGGCGGGACAGACGCAACUUUAUCUCACGCCAAAUUUCAGCCUUUCUUCUCUCUCAGCAGGCCAUCACGUACCGCGAGAUGCGGCGGGAACUGAUGCGGCAGGAGACUGCCUUUCUUCACUCCAUCAGCACAGUCGAAGGGAGUCUUGCACCGGACAUAUCGUUUGAGUCCAGCCUCACCACACCGUUUACAUCACGCACCACCACUCCUGAAACCACCCCGCGAUCUCGACGACCGUUCCCGUUGUUUCAAGAGAUGUGUCUGAAGCGCGACUCGCGCACGCCGACCCCGCGUGGGAGGGAGUACCUGCAGGCAGGGAAUGAGGAACUGCCAGGCCACAGAAGGGGCCCGACGCGUCUCACGUUGGCAUCAAUGCCAUCUCCCAUGAUGCAACCACUAAAGCCGCCACAUGCCACACCCGUGGUGCCCAGCCUGGCGGAGCUGGAACUGCGUCUCUCUAAGCUUGAAAUGUCACUAGAGGCGUUGGCCACCACCGCUGAGGCCUUGCAGGGACGUUAUGGCGUCAUUGCCAGUGUGUCUGUCUAA